UUUCCAGGUUUGAGGAGGCCCUGCAGGAAGCCUGGCAGGUCGAUCAGCUGCUUUCAGAGGGCCCUGGUGAUGACUGCCUGGAGGAGAAGUUCCCCUUGUUGGGGGUCCCCAUCACUGUCAAGGAGGCCUUUUCUCUGCACGGGAUGCCCAACACGUCUGGCUUAGUCAACCGCCGGAACGUGGUCGCCACCUCAGAUGCCACGGUGGUGUCGCGGCUGAAGCAGGCUGGUGCCAUCCCGCUGGGCGUCACCAACUGCAGCGAGCUGUGCAUGUGGUACGAGUCCAGCAACAGGGUCUACGGCCGGACCAACAACCCCUACGACCUGCAACGCAUCGCGGGCGGCAGCUCUGGCGGGGAAGGCUGUGUCCUGGCAGCUGCCUGCUCUGUCAUAGGCGUGGGCUCUGACGUCGGUGGUAGCAUCCGGAUGCCUGCCUUCUUCAAUGGAGUCUUCGGCCACAAGCCCACAACAGGGGUGGUGCCCAACGACGGCCAGUUCCCCAACGCUCAGGGAGUUCGAACCAGCUUCCUGUGCACGGGGCCCAUGUGCCGCUAUGCGGAGGACCUGGAGCUCAUGCUGAGGGUCAUGGCCGGCCCUGGCGUCUACAAGCUGAGGCUGAAUGAAAAGGUGUUGCUGGAGAAGAUAAGGUUCCUCUGCAUGGACCAUGAUGGCGGGUCCGUUUUUGUGUCGCCUGUGGACAAGGAGAUCUUGCAGGCCCAAAAGAAGGUGGUGGAGCACCUCGAGAGUGAGCUGGGGGUUCAGGUCCAGCAUGUGGCCAUCCAUAAGAUGAAGUAUUCUUUCCAGAUCUGGUCAGCCAUGAUGUCGUCCAAGGACAGCGACGGGCAGGAGGCGCAGCUCUUCACGGACCUGCUGGGGGACCAUGGGAAGCCAGUCUGGCCACUGUGGGAGCUGGUGAAGUGGCUCAUAGGGAUGUCUUCCCACACUCUGCCAGCUAUCGCCCUGGGGCUGACGGAGAAGGUGAUGAAACUCAACCCUGGUGGGAACGCCAAGCUGGUGAGCAUGGGGAAGAGCCUGCAGGAGGAGAUGGAGGCCCUGCUGGGGCCAGAUGGGGUGCUCCUCUACCCCUCGCACCCCACCAUAGCUCCCAGGCACAACUCCCCCAUAUGUAUGCCCUUCAACUUCGCCUACACGGCCAUCUUCAACGUGCUGGGCUUGCCGGUGACGCAGUGCCCGCUGGGCCUGAGCAGCGAGGGGCUCCCCUACAACGACCACUUGACGCUGGCAGUAGCCCGGUACCUGGAGGAGGCCUUCGGAGGAUGGGUUUUACCUGGGAAAGUGUAG